AUCGAUGCAGAUAGGGUCAGUUCGAUCCCUGACGAAAAUGCGGACUCGACUGUGAAGCCAAGAAGGGGAGGUGAUGCAAAUAUUCUGGAAAUCUACGCCGGGAAUGAAGUCGGUUUGAUAUCAUCGAUUGUGUCGGCUAGUUUAUUUAUUGACGAUACCCCACCGACCUGCGGAGUGGUUACGUGUCCAACGUAUGCUAUGGGUGCAGCUGAACUGGAUUGUUCCUGGUCAGGGUUUAAGGAUGAGGAAAGCGGAAUCAAAUCCUAUGAAUUCGGUUUAGGUUCUACACCAGGACGGGAAGAUGUAUCUGCAUUGGAAGUGCUUGCAGCUCACACGACGAGGCACAAAGUUUUAGUGACUGCAACGACUCGCAAGUACUUUGCGGUUCUCAGGGCCACUAAUUUCCUUGGUUUGACCUGCGAAGUGACGUCUUCUGCUAUUACUAUCGAUGACACUGCACCGAUUCCCGGCGUAAUAGUUGAGACAAGCGAUAUCUUCAACGUCAACUAUAGAUAUGCAGAGAGAUCACAGGGUGAUAUCAGGAACAUGCGAUCUUGUAAGACCAAUGAAGAAUGCCAGCAGAUUGAUGCGACCUGCCAGGAUUCAACGGACCAGGUUGGUGUAGCGUGGACUCAUUUUAACGACCCAGAAACAGGCAUCAAAAGCUACCAUCUCGCAGUUGGUACCAGUCCAGGCGGAAGUCAGAUCAAGUCUUUCUUUCCUGUUCCGGUGACAUCCAGUCGCUUCCGGAUAACAGGACUGAACCUAAAGGGAAAGGAGAAGAUCUACGUGACAAUAAAAGCAUUCAAUGCAGCAGGUCUUUCAUCAUCUGCAACCAGUAAUGGAAUUUACUUGAGCUACGUAGCCCAAGGUCUCGAACCUCCCAACCCAAUCUCAGUAUUCGAUGGUGAUAACAAAAUGGAAGAUAUGGACUAUCAGCAUGAGAAAGUCAGCAUGGGAAGAAUCAGUGCUCGAUGGAACUUCAACGGAGAUCCGUGCCCCUCCUCACGGUAUGAGUGGCGCAUUGAGCGUGUUGAUGGUAGGGUAAUCCAAGAUUACAUCAACUCUAAUGGUCAGUCAUUCGGAAGCUAUGACGGAGUAAAGACGGAGGAUGGGGAGAUGUAUUACGUCAAGGUGAAAUCAACAAACGCGUUGGGCCAAGUCUACAUUAAGCGUUCAGAUGGUCUGACCAUUCGCAGGAAUCAGUUACACCCUGGGAGGGUGAAUGAUGGUGAUAUCGUGGGGUUCGAUCUCAAUUACUCUCCGACAACGAAUCAAGUCAAAGCGAACUGGCAAAGCUUCGGAAAGCAUGACCCCAUUGCCGUUUUGUCUGGCAAUUCUGGCGUAAAAGAAGAAAAACCACUAAACCACAAUCACCAAGUCGUCAGCUAUUACGAAGUAGCAGUUGGGACGGACAGGCGCUACUCGCACACUCGGCAUAACAUUGUUCCAUACACCAAUGUUGGGCGUAAUCUAUCAGUGACAUUCAACCACCUCAACCUACAUGCAAAACAAGGAAUAUACUAUACCACUGUACGAGCUCACAGUACAUCAAUGGCAAUGGUCGAGGUUACCUCAAAUGGGUUCACAGCAGGCUAUAACAAUGGAGUCAAAGCUGGUGAAAUCACGAUGUCGGAAUUCUGGAGCAAUUUUACCCACGUGUUUGCUCGAUGGGAAGGCUUCGGCUCAGAUGCCGGGAUCAUAUUUUAUCAUGCAGGUGUAACCAAUACAACCAUCCCUGAAAACUAUACAUGUGAUAACGCGGCUUUGAAAGAAAAUCUCUUUCCAAUUGCUUCAAUAAGAAACGUCGGUGACAACACCAUGGUCGAAUUAUCUGGCUUAAAUCUAAGUUACCAUUCCAACUAUUUUCUUUACGUGAUCGGAACUGAUGACGCCGGGCUGUGUAACUUCACAUAUCAUCAAUUUCGUGUUGAUACAACCCCGCCAGAUGAGGGUGAGAUCAAAGUGGGACCUUACUGGCACUUGGGCGCUGCGUUUACAGCUACGAAGAACCUGAUCCAAGUAGAAUGGCAGGGUUACGGAGACGCACAAUCUGGCAUUGCACGGUUUGAGAUAUCGCUCUGGAGCGCCCCCAGCUGUGACCGUAAUUAUAGUAGUAAAUUGGUACCUUAUGAUGACUGGAUUAAGCUUUCUACCAACUUUUCAAGCUACAGCCUUAUUCAGUUGGAUCUCAAGGAAAUGAUCCCGUAUUUUGUCAAGCUCAGAGUCUACAACAAAGCAGGGCUUUUUGUUGAGACAGUGUCGAAGCCGAUCUUUGUUGAUGAGUCAACACCGACUGCUGGUGACGUUAUUGAUGGCCAUACUUUCACUGACGACCUCGUCUGGCAGAAAAGUACAUCGGAUGUUAAUGGUACCUUUCUCCACUUUGCCAUCAAAAAUGGCACCCCAUGUCCGGCGAGACAAGUCGAUUUUACCUCAGGAUGGACGAAGAUUGAUGGCAUUGGUCUUGGAGUUCAACGUGGCGUUCGGUGGGGAAUCAAGUAUUCUGCUGACGCCAUUCGAAAUGAGGCCAAUACCUUAAUAUCAAUCCACAUGACUCGGGUGCGAGCCGGAUACUCCUAUCUAAGGUCUGGCGCAAUUGCGAGAGACGCCGACAUGUCUAAUGUUACAGGUGGCGAUUAUAUUGUCAGAAUCCGAGCGGCUGAUGGCCAGGGUAUUGCUACUACUAGUGUCCUAUUGUGGGAUGGACCAGACGACAUGCUUCAAGAUCACGACUGGCAAGAUGAACCUGAGUGGACGGGCGAGCAUAGCACUUGCAAGUGUUGUUUCACAAUUCCGCCGCCAAAGAAAUGCCCAUGUGAUUGUAAGUCGUAUCGCAAGUCAAGCGUGAACCCUCAAAGAGAGAGCCACGGGCCAAAUGCACAGCAGCAACAGAAAAUCAAGCAUGCAAAUAAGACCGCAUCGGAUGUUGUUGUCUUAAAAAUAGCGCCAACUGAAUUCACAACGCAGAGAAGUUGUGGAUUUCAACUCAUCGCAGGGACAAAACCACACGCUGUGUUGUGGUGCAGUACCUAUAAUGACACCCUCGAAAAACUAAAGGAGAAGCGCUAUCUUGACUACGACCCGUCUGGAGAUUGGCAUACCUACAAGAUAAGGAUAUACGCCAUGGAUAAUGAACCUGUUCAUCCACAGUGGUGCAUUGAUGUUUUCGAAACAAAACGGCAACUUCUGCUAGGUCGGCUGUGUGGCAUCGAAGGAUUUACUCCAAAGACCAAACUGAUAUUCCAUCUGUGGAACAAGGAUAACUUCUUACCAAAGUCACCGGUUUGGAAAGCUACUGCAUGGUUUGAUAGAGUCAGGUUGCCUGCAAGCGAUACAAGCCUCUGUCGCUAUGGAAGUGUGUUCCGUGGUGGGUCGUCGGCGAUUAUUGCGUAUGAAGCUGGUGUAGGAACAAAACCAAUGGCAACUGAUGUCGCACAAUACAAAAUGGUCGCUCAGCCAUGCAUUCCCUGUAUACAUGCAUGUGACGUAUUUACAUGUGACAAGUCCUGUCCUGGGAACCGGGUUAUGCAGAUGAGGUUCACACUUGACGAACUAUCCCUCCCGGUGACCAUAGUAACCACCAAACAGAACAACCGAAUGGAAAACGAAACUACUAGCCAAAUUAAACAAACCAACGGAACGAACAGCACAGAAUCGGAGUCUGUUGUAUAUUUUCUUACAGUGAAAGCUGUACUUGGCUCCGGCGCGCACGUUACUCGCUCUUCCAAUGGUUUCCGCAUCGACACGACUGCGCCCGUUCUUGACAAGGAUAUCAAUGUGACAUACAUAGACUUCGAACAGGGCGAAUAUAAACCUGUCAGUUACCAGUCAUCCAAUGGAACCAUCAAGGCGUUAUGGAGAUGUGUGGACCAAGAAAGCAUGAUUAUGGAUCACCAAUGGGCCAUUGGAACUGAACCAGGGCGCAUGAACAUCCAGAACUUCACAUCCGUUGGCCGGAACCCUGCUGGAACGAGAACUGGUCUUGAAGGUGUUCUGCAUCACAACCAUACAUAUUACGUGUCAAUCAUAUGCACCAACUAUGCUGGAUCCAGACUCAAAUAUGAAGAUAAAAAAGGCGUUAAGGUUCUCCUGGAAAAACCAAUAGUAAAGGAUGUACGAACCACUUUACCUGGAACAAAACCAUUUGACAGACCAGUUCGUCCUAUAAACGCGCGGGUCGCAAAAAGCAAAGAAUCGAUUGGAAUAACUUGGACGAAAGCUCGAGACCAGAACAUUAGGCGUUACGAAUUUGGUAUUGGCACCAGUGCCUGCGAGGAAGGGGAACAUUGGAAUGAUGAUGUCUUCCCCUUCACAUGGGUAGGAAUGAAUGAGGCUGGAAAAAUCGAGAUCAAGGAUGGGUCGGUGUAUUAUAAUGAUACGAAACUGAAUGACACCUGUACGUUUUCAAGAACAAACUAUGAAGAGAAUCGUAACAAAACCGAAUGCCUUUUCAAUAUGGAGAUCGGACGCACCGUAUUCUUGUGUAUGAAACUGUGUAACCUGGCUGAUAAAUGCGUCCUCAAGGAGAGUGGAUCCGUCACGUUUGUGGAAGAAGGGAAGAGUAUAGUCGCCAGUUCGCAGGAUGGCGAAGGAAUCGCGGUUACAGUCACCCGGACUGACUCCCGGAAAAGAGCAGUUGAUGAAGUCGCAGAGAUCAAAACUCCCGAAGGUUUGGAGAAUGCCCAGACGUUAGUGGUAGGACCUUUGGAUAGAAGCGACGUUGAGGCAGCUUAUGGGUCAGAUGUUUCGGUUGAUUUUAGAAAGUACAUUCAGGACCCAAAUGCUACACUAUUCAUGACAGAGAGAGCCUUACGUGGAAGGAUUGUUGCCAUCGAUGGAUCUGGCUUCUUCGUCAAUUUGGUUGGUCACAUUCCUGCGCCAGGACCUCUCACAAUCACAGUGCCAUACCUGUCUCAUCAGAUGACUAACACAUCAAGACCGAUGCUACUCCAUUGGGAUACAGGGGCUUAUUCAUGGAUGAUCACUUCGAAGACUUGCAAAUCACACAAUGGGACACAGGAAUCAUUUGAUGCGGACAAACUCAGAUUAAGCACGAUUGUCUGUCGCACCCACUCAAAUCAUGAAUCACAACCAGACAAAAUCAGGAAACGAUCGACUGAUGGUGGGUCUUACUUCAAAAAAGAGACACAUUUCAUUGUAGGACAGGUUUCAACAGCGACUCAGAAUUCCCCGCCGAUUGUGAGUACGGAACCAAUGCUGACCGUACCAGAGGAUUCUGCAAUACUGCGACAUACUCUUACAGCCAGAGACCCAGAUGGUGAUAACCACGUGUUUGCUAUUGAUGAAACUAAGCCAAGUCCGAAUGGAGUAGCAGUCAUUACUCCAGGUGGUAAAAUGGAAUAUGAACCAUGCAUGGACUGUAAUGGCAUUGACACGGUCUAUUACACAGUCACCGAGGUGAACAUGGGAGAUGUCACACCACUCGUUUCACGGGGGUCUAUCUCUAUCAACUUGACAGGCCUUAAUGAUGCACCUGAAUUAUUUCUAUCAAGGAAUGGAAUUGUUAUAUUCACAGCCGAUUCAACGUUUUAUGAAGUCAAUGUGUCAGUCGAAGAAAACACUGGCUACAAUAUAGCAUAUACAGACUUGACGAUCCUUGUCGGAGCUUACGACAGAGAUGUGGAUGAUGUUCUCAAUAUCACUUCACAAGCACCAGCGAAUGGAGAGUUGAUUCUUGCGAAUUCGAUUCAGACAACACCAAAUUUGCCGGUCACUUGUAUCGACCCAGAGGCAUAUGCAUUCCCAUGCACUGGCCUCAAUCUACCACAUAACGAGACGAAGAUGUCGUGGAUUACAGCAACAGUCACGUACAAGCCCAACUUGAACUUCCAUGGACAAGACAAGUUCAUUCUAAAAGCAGUAGAUGAGAGCGGAUAUUCAUCAAUCGAGCUAGUCGUGACUGUGAACAUUCUGCUGAACCCCUGCAACCACUCUGGAACAUGCAAUGGUUUACAAGAAGACUUAAACUGUACCGACCAUCGCCGUGCUACUGUCAACUUCACUGCCUACUACACAUGCUCAUGCACCGGAGGUUGGACCGGGCCCUUCUGCGAUGUCGACCGUGACGACUGCAUCAGCAUACCCUGCCUUUAUCCUUUCACCUGCACUGACAAGCUUAAUGGUUAUGAGUGUAAAUGCCCCGAUGACUGGCCCGAUUGUGACCAGUACAACAACAGAAAAAUUGGUAUCAUAAUUAGUGGUGUCGCUGCUUUCAUCGGGAUCGUAAUAGUUUUCAUCGUGAUCUACCGGCGCAGAAUUCGAAAGCAUCAUGUAAGAAAACACAAUGUGAGAGACGCCAAGCUGUCUGGAGAUCGUGCACAAAUCGAGUUGACGGCAUCAUCGCUGCUGGAUAAACACAGCAAAGAAAGUGCAAAUUCUAAUGCCGCAAGUGAGAGAGAACGUGUUCAAGAAAACUACCCAAUUGGUCUGCUAAAUCCGGCUUUCGCUACCACAAGCACCAGUGAGGUGAACGGUGGGGACGGUGUUGAAGAAACGAGCUUCCAGGCUGGCGAUCGUACUGUUUCGGUGACUAAGAUCGGGAAAACCGACGUGAGCGAAGAAGGAACUCGCCCAACCUCUAUUUGCAGGAGUAGCUACGCUCCCCACUUCCGGUGGUGAUCUUCUUGAUACGGUAUGAUGCAUACAAACUAAUAAAACUGUUGUGUGUCAACCUUCUAGUCCUCUAUUUGCCUUUUGAAAUAGAUCCAUGCACUUUCGUCUAAUUGGCAACAAGAAGCUAUAGCUAUUGAGGCAUCGACACCGACUAAGGCUCUUGCUACUAGAAGCACCAGUGAGGUGAACGAUGGGGACGGUGUUGAAGAAACUAGCUUCCAGGCUGGCGAUCGUACUGAUCAUGAAAACGGACGUGAGCGAAGAAGGAACUCACUAUAGUAAUCCUGCUUUCGACCUCCAAGCAUUGGCCGCCACUUGGAAACUUGGACCAGAUAAAAUACAUCUGCAAGAUCUGGACUGGAUCAUUCCCCUGGCUGUGAAAAAAUAUUUGUAUGCAAUUUGAACUUCAUUGUGCACGGUUUUUAACAAGGUCACUGUAUCGACCUACUUUUGUCAAGUUUCCGUAGGCCGUUUAUAUUAGUAUUCAUAGCAUUAUAAACUAGAAUUAUUAUAAACCAGAUUUUAUUACAGAAGUUGGCUUAGAAAACAUUUAUCCUCGAUGCUCCAUUUACAUGUACUGUACGAAUCUAGGUAAUAAAGGUACAGGAAAAAAAGGUACGGAA